GAAGAAAGUGAAAGAAAUGGUGCUUGAAAAUCGUCAUACCAGCUUAAGGGCUUUAGACAGGGUAAAAGUUUGAAAAAAUCGAUUUUUCAGUUUUGGUAUAUUUUGAAAGAUAUAUGUCUCGAGAAUAUGUAUAUCAAGUUUCAAAGCGAAAUUCUGAAAGGUGACGAAGAUACAGCAAUUUUUUUGAAGCAGCGUUUGUGUCUGAACGGAGCGCACGGUGCGACGAGCGCGCAGAUAUAAUGCAGUGUGGCCGCUCGACCUUCUCCGAAUUGCACGAGGGGCCUUUGUUUGUUUUCAGGUAGGGUACAGUCGUCUGAGAGUGGGGAAAACUAGAUGAGAUUAUAUUCAGUCGUCUUUCGGCAACUGUGCGACGAACUUCAAGCGCUCAGAAAGAUCGUUAUACGUUGUAAAUAUUUUUAUUAUCAUGGAUAGAAAAGGACAAAGGCACGAAGUUGGAAAAUCAACGAAGAGAGCAGAUAGAAAAAGAAAAAGAUGUGUUCCGAAAAAUCGCUACCAAGCAGAGAAGUCAGAUAUAAAUAUCAGCACUUCGUCGAAGAAACUAAGCAGCUUUGGCGAAACUAACGUCAUUAUUAAUCCAAAUAUCAGCUACAGGAUUAUUAAUUUCAUUGCUGUUUUUUCCGCCAUAAGCACAUAUGUGAAAUGCAAAACGUGUGGAGGAGAUGUAGAGUUUCACGAAGGUAACAAACGUGGACUUGGAUUUAAAAUUAUUAUAAAGUGUCGAUCCUGCGUAAGGAAAGAAAUAAAUUCGUGCCCACUAGUUCAAAAUGCUUAUGAGGUGAAUCGUCGUUUUAUUUUUGCAAUGCGAAUAAUCGGAAUAGGAUUAGCUGGAGCAGAGAAAUUUUGCGCGUUCAUGGAUUUACCGCGUCCUAUAUUCAGGACAUUUUAUAACACUAUAAUAUCUCAAAUCUGUGAUGCUACGGAAGCUAUAAAAAACUUAACAAUAAAAAAAGCCUGUGACAUUGAAAAACAAUUAACAAAUGAAAAAUGUGAAAAAUCUAAUGGACUAACCGUUUCUGGCGAUGGCAGUUGGCGAAAGCGCGGUUUCAGUUCAUUACAUGGUGUUGUAACCGUCAUAGGUUACUACAGCAAAAAAGUACUUGAUAUUUCAGUAAAAUCAUCGUAUUGUAAAGAAUGCACAGUAUGGCAGAAAAAAACCCAUUUACCGGAAUAUGAACUUUGGAAGCAGGAACAUGAAAACCAAUGCAGCGCUAAUCAUACAGGCUCAGCAGGUAAAAUGGAGCCCGAUGCCAUGCUCGAAAUGUUUCAAAGAGCUGAAGAAUUACAUGGCGUAAAAUACGUAAAUUACAUAGGAGACGGCGACUCAAAAACUUAUAGUAAAAUCGUACAGCAGCUUCCGUAUAAUGUACAGAAAAAAGAGUGUAUAAAUCAUGUACAAAAGAGGAUGGGAACCAGAUUGCGAAAUCGCAAAAAAAAUGAGAAGGGUCUCGGUGGUAAAGGCAAACUGACCGACAAUUUAAUAAAAGAUCUCACGCUGUAUUACGGUCUUGCAAUAAGGCGCAACAGUGAUUCCCUUCAAAACAUGAAGAAAGAUAUCUGGGCCACUUUCUUCCACAAGUGCUCUACGGACGAAAAACCACAACAUGAUAAUUGCCCGACAGGAAAAGACUCAUGGUGCAAGUGGCAAAAAGCUUAUGCGCUUGGCAAUAUCAAUAAUUUUAAACACGAACCUGCGAUGCCAGAAACUGUGUCCCAGGCAAUCAAACCGAUAUAUGAAGACCUCACUCGGGACGAUCUUUUAGAGCGCUGCUUAGGUGCAUUCAAUCAAAAUAAUAAUGAAAGUAUUAAUCAAAUUAUUUGGAAAAUUGCACCUAAGUCAGCUUUUAGUGGCACCUCUAUCGUUCAAAUUGCCGCCAAUGUCGCUACAAUAAUGUUUAACGAUGGUCAUCUAGCGCUCCUAGAUGUAUUGGAGCUUCUGAACAUCGAAAUUGGCCAAAUAUUAUACGAUUAUUGCCACCACACGGACGAAGAACUCAUCCGUAUCGCUGAGCGCCAAGCCUAUGAAAAUACGCGCGAAAGUCGCUUAUGCGUUACAACUUCUGCUGGCGUGAACACAGCAAAUUUGGAUGUAGAAGAGCUGUUAUAUGGCGCAGGGAUUGCCGAAUAAGAACAACGCAUAUGGUCGAUUUGCUGUCAACGCGGUAAAAAGAGCUACUUAAGAUUGCCUCUUGUAUAGCAGCCUUAACUAUAGUAAACGAGGCCAAAAAAAUUUUUUUAUAUACUCAAACAUUGAUACAAUAAAGUACUUAUAAAAAAAAUUACUUGACUUUAUUAUAUAUUUAAAAAAAAAUUCCCAAAAAUCGGUUUUUUUUUAGACCGUCACCCUGUCUAAAGCCCUUAAGAGAGAUGUCUAGUGAACUUGGCAUUGCAUAUGGAACGGCACAGCAUAUUGUGGUUGAUGUUUUGGGUAUGAGACGCGUGGCA